AUGGCACCAACAAAACUCCGGGUUGCGCUCGAUUGGACGCCGAAUACGAUCCACAGUGGACUAUACCUCGCGCAAGAAAGGGGCAUUUACGCAAAGCACAGUCUCGAUGUCGAGCUUCUGCCACCAGAUGCCGAGUACAGCCAGACACCCGCAAAGAGACUCGAAGCCGGUGAGGUCGACCUCGCCAUCUGCCCUUCAGAGUCGUGCAUCGCCUACAAUGAGAGCGGCAAAAUGAGGUUGCAGGCCAUCUACGCCAUCCUACAACGAGAUGCUUCCGCCAUCGCUGGCAGGAAUAUGUCUCGCAUACGUGAGCUGGGCCAGGGCAAGAGAUAUGGCAGCUACAACGCUCGCUACGAGGACAACAUCAUUGCAGCCAUGGUAGCCCACGACGGAGGUUCUUCUCUUCCUCCCGAUGGCCUCCAAAUUGAACGCUCCGAAGGCAAACUCAGCAUGUUUGAAGCGGUCAAAGCCGGUCGCAUAGACGCUACAUGGAUUUUCCUGCCCUGGGAAGGAGUAGAAGCUGAUGAGAUGGAAAGUAGUAGUAAUAGUAGUAGUGUCCAGAUCCAAUACUUCAAACUUGCCGACUACGGGAUCCCGUAUGGGUACUCUCCGGUCAUUGCGCGUAAUGCCGGAAGGAGUCCUUCCGACGCGACCUUGAAGGCGUUCGUGGCUGCUACGAGAGAAGGCUAUGAGUAUGCGAUGCAGCACACGGAUGAUGCGGUCGAUGUGCUGCAUACCGUCGUCAGCCCGCCUCGAUCGCGAGAGUUUCUGCAAAAGAGCCAGGCGAGCAUCAAUGAAUAUUAUACAGAUGGUCAUCCGCCGGGAUUCAUGGAGCUGUCGAAUUGGAAGACGUGGCUGUCAUGGCUGGAAAAUAAGGGAUUGCUGACCGGCCCUUUGCCUGUGAAUGUCGAAGAUGUGGCUACUAAUGAGUUUGCUACAUAA